GCCAGUGUUGUAGUAGAAACAGUUUUUUUUUUUUGUUAACUUCUGUAGUCAUGAUAUCACUGUUAUCAAUAAAUAUUCUCAUAGGUAUUGGAUGCAAAAGAAAUGGGGUAAGGGGACAGUGUGAAGGGAAAACUAAAUAAACAGACAUAAAUCUCAAAUAAUUCUUUUGGUUUUCUUUUGGUUGAAUUUUUCAAUGAUUUCUCUAGUAGGUUUUCCUUACUACAUACACGUUUUUAGCCAUAUAUAUAAAUAUGCCUUCCAACUGAUAUAAAUAUGCGCACAGACGUAUAAGAAAUACCUGAGUGUUACAGAAGGAAGAUUAAGAUACAAAUUUAAGGGAAACGUACUCAUUUUUCCCUUGUACAAAUGAAAUCUAAUUAUUCCUCCCAUUUCGAAUAAUACAUUACUAUCCACACAAAGAAACUGGUUGUUAAUAUAUACCGAACCAUCCUGUUAUCUCACUAUCUUUCUAUCGCUUAUUGUCUCUGUUGAAAACCUGAUCCAGUUUGUACUUUUGACAAUAAUCUCCAAGACAGUUAGUACCACUUAAUUCAUAUCGUUGUGAUUUUAUUUUCCAAACAUUCAUCCUUGUCAUUUGAAUUUUCUUUCUUCUUCACUGAAUAUUGAAUCUGAAAAAAAGGUUAGAAAGAAAUAAAGAACGAAAGGAGAAAGGAACACAGUCAAGUACAGCAUGUUAAACAAAUUAGCUCAUUUCAAUAAUCUGGUAGAUACUGAAGACCAAUUAUCAUCAAGUAUCAUGGAUUUAUCUAGAAAAAUUACAUCAAAUGAUUCAUGGAAUUUUGAAAAUUUUAUUGCAUUAAAACUACCACAAAUUAGUCAUAAUUUACAGCAUAACAGUAACAUUACUACUACUAAUAAUAAUGACAAUAGUAAUAAUAUUAAUAAUAAUAGCAGCGGAAAUGGAGGGAGUCAGCAGCUAUCAGCAAAAUCAUUAGCUUAUUGUACACCAAAUCCAGUGCCAAAUUUACCAGAGAAUAAUCAGGUGCACUUUUUAGAAUAUCGUGGAGCUCAUUUGGCAGCAUUCACUGUCAAUGGACGUGAUUUAAUCUGUUUACCACAAGCAUUUGAAUUAUUUUUAAAACAUUUAGUCGGGGGAUUGCAUACGGUGUAUACAAAGUUGAAACGUUUAGAGAUUGUACCAGUUGUAUGCAAUGUUGAACAAGUACGUAUACUCAGAGGGUUAGGUGCAAUACAACCAGGUGUUAAUCGAUGCAAAUUGAUUGCACCACAAGAAUUUGAUAUCCUGUAUGCUGAUUGUACAAAUUCAAGUUCUAGACCUGGACGUCCGUCGAAACGUUUGGCUGGCAUAGAAACACCAGUUCUUUCAUCUGUUCAUGAUUCGUGUCAUUCAAAUAAUUUCGGGGAGAAAGAUACGGAGGAAUCCAAUCCAAAACAAUCACGUACCUGUUCAACUGAAAGUGAGAAUAGCAGUAAUGAUCAACAACAAACAGAUCAGAUACCAUGGCUGAACUUUUAUUCUAAUCUGUCCACAUAUCCAAUACUAACUCCACCUACAUCCAACCCUUCUCUUCUUUCUAAAUCAAAGCUACUUGGACACCUUGAAUCUCUAUAUUCAUCAUUUAUGAAAUAUGCUCUUUCAGCAUAUCAAAGUAGACAGGAACAUGGAAACAAUUUUCCUGGAUCUGUAGGUUUUAAGUCAAUUUAUGACAAACAGAAUGUGGAAAAUCUGGCCUUUCCAUUAACCGAUUUACCAUGGUUGACACCGAAUGGAGAUCAACGCCUAGGAGAUGGUUUGACUAGAGAACUUACACAGAAUUCACCUAGAGAACCAAGGCCAUUGGAAGACAAUAAUCAGUCAGAUUAUCAACAAUUAUUCGAUUCCAAAGUGCAACACUUUAUAAAUAAGUUUGUCGAAAUGAACUAUCAGUGGAAAUCAAAUCAGUCUACAACAAAUCCAUCAACUUCACUGCCGAAUAUUUUCGAUUCACAGAUAAAGGAACAACGACCUAGUGAACAUUUACGAAAUCAUGCCUUUUUAUCGUUGAAUACGAAUACAAUUGGAUCUUCACAAUAUCAUGGAUCUAGACCGUUAAUUCCAACAAACUUUUCUUGUGAAUCAUUUAAGCAAUCGACUCAAAGUAUUUCUCCAACAAUAUCUACUACUACUAAUGAUGAUGGAUUUCAUAAUGAAUCAUUAAUUGCUAAAACAGUCACGCCAUUUGAGGAGUCUAUAAAAGAUUUGAAGCCGAAUAAAUGGCCUACUCUUAAUUUCUCUGUUGAACAAAUGAAGACAGAUUCAAAAGAAUCAACAACAGAUGAAAACAGUGAUGAUGAAAUUGAUGCGGAUUCAAGUGGAAAAAAGCACAACAAGUUUUCAUCCAGUUUAUUAAAUGGUACUUAUCAGACGAUAAACAGCAAUGAUGAUGAUGAUGCUAAUGGUGAAAGUGAUUGCGACAACAGUGACGAAAUGAAUCGGACAACCUCGAAUACAGAUAUUUCCAAAACACUAGCUGUAUUGAAUUAUUAUUACUGGUGGUUGCAGUACAUGUCAAAUGAAUUUUCACAUCCAAAACAGUCAACAAAUCAAACAAUGGGGAAUUUAGGGUCAUCGAAUUUUUCAUCAAAUGGCAACUAUACUAAGUAA